GCUCGCGCCCGCUCUCCCGAUUCCUCUCCGCCGCCUGCCCCGCUCCUUCCGCAGCCCCGUUUCGACUCCGAUGGGCGUGAAGAUGCACGAAGCGCUCCAGCCUCCGCCCGCCGGACCCGGACCCGGAGCCGGACCCGGAGACGACAGGCUCCGGCACAAGCCCGGCGGCCGGAAGCCUCUCCAGCCGAGGAACUCCUCCCCGGCCGCUCUUCCCUCCGGCGACCAGCCGAAGCCGAAGCCCGAGAGGAUCGGGAUCUCGCCGGUACUCCUCGAGUCGGACAAGGAGAACCGCCCCUAUCCUCCUCCCCCGCCGCCGUCGCCGCCCUCCUCCCGCCGCGCCGCCGCGGCUCCUCCUCCUCCUCCGCCGGCGUUGGUGGUGGAGGAGCAGGAGCAGCAGCAGCAGCUGGACGCGUCGCUCGCGGAGGAGCUGGUCGCGGUGAGGAAGAAGCUGGAGAGGCUGAGGGCGGACGGGGAGAGGACGGAGGCGAUGCUGAAGGAGAGGGACGGGUUCCUGGCGACCAAGGCGAGGGAGGUGGAGGAGCGUGGGGAGGUCCAGAAGCUGCUCGAGAUCGAGGUGGAUCGGCUGUACCGGUUGAAGCAGCUCAAGCUCUCGCUCGCGAGGGUGUCGCCGAUUCGAUCGCUGAGAGAGAGGUCUCACAUCAAUCAGGAAUCGAGAUCGGAGAACAGAGAGGAGUCGGUGGGGGAAUGUGAAGCGCCGAGCCCGAGCUCCGUCUCUUCGAAAUUGAGUGCAGACGAGGAUUGAUUCGAUACGGGUUUUCUCUCUUGUAUUCGGGUUUUGAUUCGAAAUUUGUUUGUAACUUCACUUUUCCUCGUUGAAGUACAUAGGGGAGUUUUGGCUAAAGCAAUCGCAUGAUAAGCGGGGUACGCUCCGCUCCACGGGGAUUCGGCCGAUUGCGAAUUUGGAGUCGGCAUUCUAGGAGGACAUGGUCCCGUGUCAUCGACACCACCCGAUGGUGCUUCCUAGAGCCUUCUCCUACGAAGGAUCCGUUCGGCUCUAUCGUUUCGUUCGAGUUCUGUUUUUGCCGCCAUGGCUUGUGAGUUCUUUACUGUAAACAUCCUUAAGUCAGUUUCAAUCCAUCAUCCUUUGGGGGAUCAUUUUCCCUUGAAUCCUUAAAGAUGGCUCUAUACAAGAUGAGUUCCUUC